AUGGCACCCGCACGCAAGGGACAGACUCAGACCAAGCGCGCCGCGCCCGCAGUGGAGGAACCACCGCACAAGAAGGCCGCCACGGUGCUGAAGAAGUACGGCGUGACGCAGGCUUCCUUCAAGCAAAUGGCGGACGUACUGGAGCAUCCACUCACCAGCCACCUGCCCGAGGACUGCAAGAAGAUGCUCUUGGCCAUGCUGCCGCAAAGCUUGUGCGUGCCGGAUGACCAUCGCGAGGACGUCCAACGUCUGGCCGUGACGAUGUUUGGAGAGGUGGUGGCGACGGUGGAGGCGAAGCUUCAGGAGGCCUUGGAGGCCGAGAAGCUCAAGGUGCAGACCAUCACGAACUCUAAGGAGCAGCUGGUGGAGGAAGUCACCAAGGCCCAAGCGAAGUUGAAGGAGGCGCAGGAUCACUCGGAAGAGAAGGAUGCUGCGCUGAAAUCCAGCUCGCAGGCUGUGGUGGCAGCGAAAGGCGUUUUGGUGAAGAAGGAGGAGGAGGCCUUGGGUGUGGAGACGAAGAUGGGUGGCCACGAGACCUUGAAGGCUGAGCUGGAGGCUGUCUUUAAGGGCGACUUCCAGAACCUCAAAGCUGGUGACUGGACGGAGUCGCCGGAUUCCCAUCUGAAGGCCUUGGAGCCCUGCAGCGCCAAGCUGGACUUGGAGGAGUCCUUGAAGACUGCGAUGAUCCCUGUCCUGCGGAAGAAGCCGUCGGAGCGUGCGGGCUUCGAUACGAUGGUCCUGGAACAGUUGGAGAAGGGCUUUCAGGAGAAGCUGCAGUCGCUGGAUGGUAUUCUGCAGCAGGGAGCUCCUGAACGCCAGGCACGUAAACUGGCGGUGGAUGAGGCCAACGCAAAGCUGGGUGAAGCAGAGGAGAAGCAGAAGGAGUGCUCCAGCGAAUUGCUGGCUGCCAAGCAGACCGUGAAAGAGGCCGCGGCAGCGCUGAAAGAGGCGGAAGGCGCCGUGGCCAACUUCGAGGUGAACGUGCAGGCAGCCAAGGAGAUCCAGGAGGAGAAGCACCAGGAGUUGAUCUUCUUCGUGGACAACACGGUGAAGGGCUUCAAUGACCUGAAGGACGGUUUUCCCGGUCGAGCGAGCGAGGUCAAGAGCGGAAGACGGUUCUUCACGAAUCGUCACGAGGCCUCGGUACUGGUGCUCCUUCUGGUGCGGGGCAAACAAGAUGCAGGAAUUGGAGCUGGAAUUACAGGGUUAGACCGGAGAGACCAGAUGUGGUUUGCUGGUUGCUUGCUCGGUUGCGUGGCCCAAAUCGAACUGCGGGCUGUGAUUGGCUUCAAGGGAACGGUGCAGUCCAGCCUCAUCCUACACCCAGAUCAGGAGCAUUUGAUCUUUCCCUUGGGCUGCACUGUGGUCCUGCGAAACCUCAUCAAGCGUACCCAGGCGUUUUUGCAGGGCCAUGAUAACCAGGUGAAUUGCAUCACCGUCUCCAAGUCGGGGAAGCUCUUGGCCUCAGGACAAAAGACCUUCAUGGGCUUCCCAGCGGAUGUGAUCAUUUGGGACUUCGAGCAGAGAAAGGAGAUUCAUCGUCUGUCCUUGCACAAAGUGGCGGUGACGUCCUUGUCGUUCUCCUGUGAUGAGACUUACCUGGCGACCUUGGGUGGUCAGGAUGACAAUAGCUUGGUCAUUUGGGAGGUGGAGCGGGGCUUGGCCGUGUGUGGCACCCCGGCCGCUACGGACACGGCCCACUGCGUUCGCUUCUUCAACAACACGGAGUUCAGUCUCGUGACAGGUGGCAACUACCAUGUGGUGAUUUGGCAGUUUGACUUGGCCAACAAGAAGUUGCGGCCCACCCAGGCGAACCUCGGGCAGAUGAAGCGCAUCACCACCAACGUGCUGAUCGACCAUGAGGACAAGUUCGUCUACUGCGGCACCACCACCGGUGACUUGUUGCAGGUGGAGUUGGGCCACGCGCUCUUCAAGCAGUAUACCCCGAAGGGCGGCCCCUCGAAGACCUUCGCGCUGGGCAUCACCACUUCGGCCCUGUUGCCGGACGGUGACGUGGUGUUGGGCACGGGGAACGGCGUGUUGGCGCGGAUCUCGGGUGAUACCUUGCGAGUGAAGCAGCAAUGCCAAGUCCUGGGUGGAGUCACCAGCGUCGCGCUCACCGAGGACGGCACCCACUUCUUCUGUGGCACGACCUUGUCGAAUAUCUACUGGGUGGACACCGACACCUUAACGGCUGAGUUGCGGAACACCUGUCAUCACGAGAGGAUCAACCAGGUCGCCUUCCCGGCGGACUACUCCGAGGUCUUUGCCACCUGCUCCGUCACGGACAUCCGCGUUUGGAACGCGGUCACGCGUCAGGAGUUGUUGAGGAUCCAAGUGCCCAACAUGGAAUGCUUCUGCUUGGACUUCAUGAGGGAUGGGAAGUCCAUCAUCUCAGGCUGGUCGGACGGCAAGGUCCGUGCCUUUUUGCCGCAGAGCGGGAAGCUUCUUUAUGCCAUCAAUGACGCCCACCAGAACGGUGUCACGGCCUUGGCACUUUCCUCGGACUGCGGGCGCAUUGUGACGGGUGGCAUGGAAGGUGAGGUGCGCGUGUGGAACAUUGGCUUUCAGACCCAAACCAUGGACGCCUCCCUCAAGGAGCACCGAGGACGUGUUUGGUGCAUUAAGAUUGCCAAGGACGAUACACAGGCGGUGUCCGCCUCGGCGGAUGGCUCCUGCAUCAUUUGGGAUCUUCACACGAAGACCCGAAAGUUGUGCCUCUUUGAGUCCACGAUGUUCAAGAGCUUGGUCUAUCAUCCGGACGAGUCGCAGCUUUUGACCACGGGCAGUGACCGCAAGGUGGCGUACUGGGACACCUUCGAUGGCCAAGCCAUCCGCGUUCUGGAGGGCUCGGAGGAGGGCGAGAUCACCACGCUCUCCGUGUCGAAGAGUGGCUCUCACUACGUCUCGGGAGGAGAAGAGCGUUUGGUGAAGCUCUGGGACUAUGACAAGGGCGUCUCCGAGUACAUUGGCGUGGGCCACAGCGGCACGAUCACCUGUGCGGCCAUCAGCCCAGACGCCAGCUUCGUGGUCUCUACGGGGUCGGAGGUGCCAUGGUGCCGUGGCCGGGUGGUUCGGAGAUAG